CGACUCUCAUCAACGAGAAAUUCUUCAAACUCUUCUCUCUCUCUCUCUCUCUCUCUAGGUUUCUUCAAAUUUCUCUCUCUGAAUCCCAAUUUUAAGCUUAAAAAUGGCGACACAGGACGAAUUCACAGCUCUUGAGCUCAUCAAACAACACCUCUUCGGCGAGCUCUCUCCUAUUGCGAGCUCUGUCACGGAUCUCAGCAACACCAGCUCGAUUUUCACGUCAUUUGAUUGUAGUAGCAGUGUCAAAACUGAGGUUACGACUUCUCAAUCUGAUUCUCUCUGUUCACAAACCUCGAGUUGUGAAUCUUCAAAUGUAAUCUCCAAUUUUCUGAACUCGAACGAAGUUAAUAUGACUUACCUUUUCGAUUUCGUCCCCAAAUCGAUCAAUUUUGAACACAAUGGAACUGAUUUCUUUGAAUUUGAGUCGAAGCCUCAAAUAAUCGAUCUUACGUCCCCGAAUUCAAGUUCUCUAUCGAGCUCGAGCUUGAGCUCUAUCGAUCGUAGGCCGUCGCUGAAACUCGAUCUGCCUCCGGGGAAGAAAUUCGAGUGGUUGGAGUUUGGAGAGCCUGCUAAGCCGGUGGUUUCGGGACAGAAAUCGUCGACAACGGAGGAGAGGCAGCACUACAGAGGCGUCAGGCGACGGCCGUGGGGGAAGUUCGCGGCGGAGAUCCGAGAUCCGAAACGCAGAGGAUCUAGGGUUUGGCUAGGGACAUUCGACACCGCCAUUGAAGCUGCGAAGGCUUACGAUAGAGCCGCAUUCAAGAUGCGCGGUAGCAAAGCGAUUCUCAACUUCCCUCUCGAAGCAGGCAAAUCGUAUGGCGCCGCCACCGCCGCCGAGAACGGCGACAAGAAAAGGAGCAGAGAAGUUGCGGAAACAACCGAAGAACGGCCGGUGAAGAAGGAGAAGUCGCCGGAAUCUGACGUAUCGGCGGUGAGUAGUAGUAUGACGAAUUGUCCGUUAACGCCGUCGAGUUGGACGGCGGUGUGGGAAUGGGAGGAUCAGCAAGGGAAUGGUAUAUUUAACGUCCCGCCACUAUCGCCGUUAUCUCCUCAUCCACUUUUGGGAUUUCCACAGCUCAUGGUCGUGUAAUUUGUGACUAAUAUUAUUGUUAAAAAUAUUAAAAAUUAUUGUAUAUUAAGCUCCAAAAUUCACACAAAAAAAUGUGUGAUUGUUGAAGUUGUUAAGAUCAUAAUACCUUCGUGUAACAUAUAUUUUAGCGUGUUUAUAGGAUUGUUUUGAAAAG